CCUCGCUCAUUACCAGAAGGUUUUACCUGCCUAGUGACUCGGUUGGUCUGGGCAUGAGCCCGGAGAGGUGGAAACUUUCAGUGUCUCAGGACAGACAGUCGAGUGGCUGGGGACUAUAAAUCCCCGAGAACUGCCCUCGCGCUGCCAUCCAGCUGGGUAGUCGGGGUCGCGCGCGUGGGGGCUGCGCGAGUCGCUCGCCCCUGGUUCCUGCGGAAGCCCGGGGAACGCGGACGCGGCCGCGGCGUCUCGGUCCUGGGCCUCGGGUCGCCUGAAGCGUCGCGCGCAGAGCUUCGGGAGAGAAGGAGGCGCCGCGCCGACGCGCUUGGCUCCAGCGGGCAUGGGACGGAGCAGUCUGCUGCCCCCCGACAUGUGACCCAGCCCCGCCGCCCAUGCGGGCUCCCAGCAGCCCGGCCCUGCGGCCGCUGGUGCCGCCGCUGCUGCUGCUGCUUCUGGCGGCGCCGUGGGGACGGGCAGUUCCCUGUGUCUCUGGUGGUUUGCCUAAACCUGCAAACAUCACCUUCUUAUCCAUCAACAUGAAGAAUGUCCUACAAUGGAAUCCACCAGAGUGUCUUCAAGGAGUUAAAGUUACUUACACUGUCCAGUAUUUCAUCAGAUAUGGGCAAAAGAAAUGGCUGAAUAAAUCAGAAUGCAGAAAUAUCAAUAGAACCUACUGUGAUCUUUCUGCUGAAACUUCUGACUACGAACACCAGUAUUAUGCCAAAGUUAAGGCCAUUUGGGGAACAAACUGUUCCAAAUGGGCUGAAAGUGGACGGUUCUAUCCUUUUUUAGAAACACAAAUUGGCCCACCAGAGGUGGCACUGACUACAGAUGAGAAGUCCAUUUCUGUUGUUCUAACAGCUCCAGAGAAGUGGAAGAGAAAUCCAGAAGACCUUCCUGUUUCCAUGCAACAAAUAUACUCCAAUCUGAAGUAUAACGUGUCUGUGUCGAAUACUAAAUCAAAUAGAACGUGGUCCCAGUGUGUGACCAACCACACGCUGGUGCUCACCUGGCUGGAGCCAAACACUCUUUACUGCGUCCACGUGGAGUCCUUCGUCCCAGGGCCCCCUCGCCGUGCCCAGCCUUCUGAGAAGCAGUGUGCCAGGACUUUGAAAGAUCAAUCAUCAGAGUUCAAAGCUAAAAUCAUCUUCUGGUAUGUUCUGCCCGUAUCCGUUACUGUGUUUCUUUUUUCUGUGAUGGGCUAUUCCAUCUAUCGAUAUAUCCACGUCGGCAAAGAGAAACACCCAGCAAAUUUGAUUUUGAUUUAUGGAAAUGAAUUUGACAAAAGAUUCUUUGUGCCUGCUGAAAAAAUCGUGAUUAACUUUAUCACCCUCAAUAUCUCGGAUGAUUCUAAAAUUUCUCAUCAGGAUAUGAGUUUACUGGGAAAAAGCAGUGAUGUAUCCAGCCUUAAUGAUCCUCAGCCCAGCGGGAACCUGAAGCCCCCUCAGGAGGAAGAGGAGGUGAAACAUUUAGGGUACGCUUCGCAUUUGAUGGAAAUUGUUUGUGAUUCUGAAGAAAACGCAGAAGGUACUUCCCUCACCCAGCAAGAGUCCCUCAGCAGAACAAUACCGCCAGAUAAAACAGUCAUUGAAUAUGAAUAUGAUGUCAGAACCACUGACAUUUGUGCAGGGCCUGAAGAGCAGGAGCUCAGGCUGCAGGAGGAGGUGUCCACACAAGGAACACUAUUGGAGUCACAGGCAGCGUUGGCACUCUUGGGCCCGCAAACGUUACAGUACUCAUACACCCCUCAGCUCCAAGACUUAGACCCCCUAACGCGGGAGCACACAGACUCAGAGGAGGGGCCAGAGGAAGAGCCGUCGACGACCCUGGUCGACUGGGACCCCCAAACUGGCAGGCUGUAUAUUCCUUCGCUGUCCACCUUCGACCAGGACUCAGAGGGCUGCGAGCCUUCUGAGGGGGAUGGACUCGGGGAGGAGGGUCUUCUGUCUAGGCUCUAUGAGGAGCCGGCUCCAGACCGGCCACCAGGAGAAAAUGAAACCUAUCUCAUGCAAUUCAUGGAGGAAUGGGGGUUACAUGUGCAGAUGGAAAACUGAUGCCAACACUUCCUUUUGCCAGACCCCUACUGUGCAGACAAGUGAUUCACCCCUUUGAUCCCAGCCAUAAAGUACCUGGGAUAAAAGAAGUUUUUUCCAGUUUGUCAGUGUCUGUGAGAAUUACUUAUUUCUUUUCUCUAUUCUCAUAGCACGUGUCUGAUUGGUUCAUGCACACAGGUCUCUUAACGAUGGUGGUGGGUGCCUAGAGUGCAGGGGCUGGCCGGUUGUUCUAUGCAGAGAAAGCAGUCAAUAAAUGUUUGCCAGACUGGGUGCAGAAUUUAUUCAGGUGGGUAUACUCUGGCCUCUUUGUUCAUUAUUUUCGAACAAGCACACUUGUACAGUUAUUUUCUGAGUACUUCCCAUGUGUACAUAGCACUGUAAGAAAUAUUUCCCAAAGAUCAUUCACUUUAUAAAUACCACUUUUUCAGAUUGGGUUUAUUGCGAGCAGGAGGAGAUACUUAAAACAUGCACAUACACCAGGUUGGUGGUAAGUUGGUCACAUCUGAAAACCUCAACUAUUUAAUCAUCAUGAUUCAUAUUUUGAGUGAAUACAUCAGGCACAGACCUUCAUGAUGUCACACACUCUUGGCUACUUUAAGAGGCCACCUUUAAUACUUUAUGAGUAGUUCUGGAGUAUAAACAUAAAUGAGUAUCCUUUGUAGUCAGAAAAAUGUCCUCUCAAUAAUUUAGUAGGGGCUUAUUGUAAAGCACUGUGUUACUAUUAUAAUAUUAAACAUUAGAGUAGGCAGUGGUUCAAAGACUCUUUGGAAUAUCUAUGAAUGAAUAUCCUCUAUUCUUAUAAUACUAAAACCCAUAAGUAAAUAUAGGACAUGCAAGAGAAAUAAGUUAAAUGACUAGGUAAGGGAGCGUUUAUUAAAAUUUGACAAAAUUUACUGUGGGAACUAAACUAUGCCAUAAAACAAUAGCUUUCUAGCUCAAUUCCAGUAACUGUUCCCAUCUCCUUUACCACUUGUUAAGAAAAUUAAAUUCUUCAGUCACACUACUUUGAAAUGGGACAAAAUCUAUUAAGUUGAACCCUAUAUAAUUGUUGAUAUUUUGCUUUUAAUCUGACAAGCAGUAACUUCAUAUGGUUUGCCUUAAUAUAUAUUUGUUUUAAUCAUGAACUCAUAAUCCAUUGAUGCUCUUUCAAGAAAACAGAUAUCACCCAUAUUUCCUUAUUGAUAUUUUUGGUACAGGCAGACAACCGUGUAGGAGAGAUGGAUUCUGGGGUCAUGACCUUUUGUGAUUGCCCACAAAUGCAAACAGUUUCAGAUCUAAUGGUUUAAUUUAGAGAGUAAUUAUAUUAAGCAGAGUGUUCUGUUAUUCUCAAUCUUUAUGGAAACGAUUCUGCUGGUUUUGAAGAACAGAUGUAUUACACUAACUGUAAAAGUAGUUCAAGAGUGAGAACGAAUUGUUAUUAAGAGCAAAAGAAAAAUAAAGUGAUUGAUGAUA